AUGGACCCCUACUCUGCCGAAGGCGAACUGAUCAACAUCCACAGCCACUUCCACCAGGGCCAGUACCAGGAGGUCAUCGACUACGACACUUCCGCCCUGUCCCCCGAGAAUGAGCUUCCCGCUCGCGUCCUGGUCCUGCGCGCCCGCAUUGCUCUUGGCCAAGCCACGGAUGUCCUCGCCGAAGUACAGGGAGAGAAGGAGCCGGAACUGGUAGCCCUUGGCGCACUCGCUGAGAGCGCCCUCGGCAAGACAGAUUCUGCCGUGAAGACGAUCGAGAAGCUCGCCGCUUCCGAGGGAGCCAACACUACAGUCCAGAUUGUUGGAGGCACAGUUCUGCAGGCCGCUGGCAAGUCAGAGGAGGCACUUGCGUUGUUAUCGCAGCACCAGGGAAGCCUUGACGCUGUCGCCCUUAUCGCCCAGAUCCACCUCCAACAGAACCGCAACGACCUCGCCCUCAAGGAAGUCACCGCCGCCAGAAGAUGGGCACAGGAUAGCUUGCUGGUCAACCUGGCCGAAUCGUGGGUCGGUUUGCGACAGGGCGGAGACAAAUACCAGCAGGCUUUUUACGUGUUUGAGGAGCUUGCGCAGGCACCGGCGACAUCGUCGGUCGUGACUCUCGUCUCCCAGGCCGUUGCAGAGCUGCACCUUGGCCGAACAGAGGAGGCACAGGCUGCGUUGGAUCAAGCCCUUGCGAAGGACGCUAACUACGCCCAGGCCAUUGCCAACCUGCUGGUGUUGACAGUGAUCUCGGGCAAGGAUCCUAAGGAGUUCACGGAAAAAUUGAAGGCGGCGGACCCUCAGCACCAGUUCCUUGCGGACCUGGAGGAGAAGAGCGCGCUUUUCGACAAGGCGGCGACCAAGUACAGCGCCAAGGUGUCGGCUUAG